AUGCCCACCGGCUCACAGCCGUUUGCUCAUAUUCAUAUUCAACGUUGAGCACAUUGUUGUUGUGGCGUGGUGAGGCUCGGGGGUCCGUUUAUUUGUCCGACAGUGCAUCGCCGUCGGUUACCGAGUGUUGUGUUGAUUGUGUGUCCUCGUACCCCGUCGUCUCCGUCUUGUAUACUUGCUGCAGAAUAUAUACAGCAUUCCUCGUAACCGUCCGAGUGUAUUGGUAUGUUUUUGCCGUUCGUCGUGUCUCUGUUGUGAUAGUGUUUUUGUUUAUUUAUUAUUUUUGAUAAUAUUGUUUUUCUUGUUAACACUGUUCGUAUUAUUUUUAAAAUCAAGUGAUUGUGGCAUGACAGUUUUAAUUUUAUUUGAUUCUGUGCAAUUCAGAAAAGCCGUUAUCGGCCAUGGCUUUUGAAUCGGUACAACAGGUGUUCACAGCCACCGUUGGCUUUUGUGCCGAUUUUAAAUUGUCGUUGAACUUGCCCGGUGCGAGUAGAUAAUGUAUUUUAAUCAUUAAGUGAUAGUAACUGUAUUUUUUUUAAUUUGUAAGUGUUCAUUUUUUAUUCUUUACGUUGAAGUGAAGUUUUCAAAGUGUGUUGUAUUCACAAUGGAAGAAGAAGAGAGAUACUAUAUCCACCGUUACAGACGAGAUUUUUUACUCACGAUUACGAUUUUAUUAGCAAUUUUUAUUAGUUCCUCUCAAAGUCAAUCUCUUCAACCACCGCGGUUUAUUACACAGCCAUCAUCUACAAAAAAUUUAGUCAGUGAAGGACAAACUAAAAUGCUUCAAUGUCAAGCUCUUGGUUAUCCGGCUCCCGUUUACAAAUGGCUGAAAGAUGGUAAAGAGCUUGGAGAAUUUUCAACCGACCAAACUUAUCGUAUGUUGAAUACCAAACAAGGUGACGUCGGCACUUACCAAUGCAUAGCAAAAAACGACGUCGGUUCUAUUUUGUCUCAGAAAAUUGACAUUAAUAUUGCGUAUAUGGAAAACUUUAAGGAAAUUGAUGAUCCCAUUGUAAAAGUUGAAAGAGGGCACGCUGCAGUUUUGGAUUGUCCACCAAUUAAGAGCUACCCACCACCUUUGGUUCAGUGGCAAACAGAUGACGGCACUCAGUUGUAUGACAUCAAAUAUGCUUUAGUAGCAGAAUUGCAUCAAUUAGUUGUUUUGUCAGCCUCGGAUUACGAUCAAAAAGCAUACAGGGUAAGGGCUACGAAUCCUCAGUUAGGCAAAGAAGAAAACAGUAAAUUCUUAAGAAUUGAGAUGGCUGGUGGUUCUAAUCAUGGCGAUAUUGCCCCCUAUUUCGUUGUGACUCCUAAAGAAAAACACGUAAUUAAGGGGCACAAAACUACUGAAUUGCAGUGUAUUGCCAAUGCUAGACCAAUACACGAACUGGAAACAUUGUGGUUCAAAGAUGGUAUUCCUAUAGGUAACAUAAACGGUAUCGUGACUGCUUAUAACGAUCCAUGGAACAGAACCCUGUCGUUAAUCAACGCCAAUUUGACAUAUACGGGUCGUUAUACUUGCCAAGUGCGAUUCCGGUCUGGAGGGUAUGCGCCCAUUUCCGCCGACGCCGAUGUUUUCGUUUUAGAACCCCCCGCGUUUGUGGGUAAUCUGAGACUAGAAACUCUGGGUGAGUAUGGUUCUACAGUACGCUUAGGUUGCGAUACCAUUGGAGUUCCUCAGCCAAAAAAAACGUGGUACCGAAAUACCGAAGCUAUUGGUCAAAAUAAUAGGUAUACUAUCGAGGAAGACGGUACAUUAGUAAUAAAAAAAUUAAAUAUCGAAGAUUCUGGUAUGUUCCAAUGUGAAUCUGUUAAUGAAGCCGGGUCAGAUUAUAUCAGCACAUGGUUAAAAGUGAAAAGACAUCGUUUUAAACGUCGAACAAGAAUUUCUUCUGUGUACAGAAUGCAUCCAUGGCUACAUCCCAGUGUCAGAAAAUUACAUUCAACUGGUCCUAUGAUUGAAAAUGAACCUUCAAAUGCAACUGUAUUAGAAGGGAAUGAAGUUAUUUUAUCUUGCAGAGUAAUUGGUGCACCAAAACCAAAUACAACUUGGAUAUUUGGAGAUUUACAUCUUUCUCCUAAUGAAAAAAUACGUAUCUUGGAACAAGGAGACUUAUUUAUAUCUUCAACAAGAGUUCAGGAUACAGGCAAAUACACUUGUAUACGAUCAAAUGAAGCUGGCUCAGUACAAAUGAGUGCAUAUAUAAAAGUUUUAGGAAAGACAUCUAUAAUUGAACCUCCAACAGAUACAAAAGUUUUGUUGGGACAAACUUCAAUUAUGAAAUGUAGGGUUUCCAAUGACCCUACAGUACUUUAUCAAAUUGAUUGGUUUCAUAACAAUAAAAGUAUUGGUGCAGGAAAUGGACGAAUUAAAGUUUCUGGAGAUGGUACCUUAGAAAUAGGAGUUGUUAGGGCAAGUGAUGCAGGUAUUUAUACAUGCUCUGUAUCUUCUCCGGGAGGAGAUGAAAGACGACAUGCUUAUUUAAGUAUACUCGAACUGCCUUAUCCACCUAAUGUAGUCCAAGCUGAACGGGUUGGUCCAAGGUCUGUUAAUGUAUCUUGGACUAUUGGUUUUGAUGGUAACAGUCCAAUACUAAAGUAUAUAAUUCAAAAACGACAAAUUGAAACUCAGUCAUUGCUAGAUCCACUUGUUGAUUGGGUAACUGAACUCACUAAUAUUUCUGCUAAUUCUCGUUUUGUAAUACUGGAAAAUUUAAAAGCAGCCAACACAUAUCAAUUCAGAGUUAGUGCAAUGAAUGCUAUUGGUGAAGGAACACCUUCACAACCUAGUAAUUUUGUAACACUACCUCAACAAGCACCAUCUGGUCCUCCUUUAGGAUUUGUUGGUUCAGCUAGAUCAAAUUCUGAAAUCAUUACUCAGUGGCAACCUCCAUUAGAGGAACACCAUAAUGGUCAAAUUUUAGGAUAUGUUAUAAGAUAUAGAUUACAUGGUUACAUUCAUAGCCCUUGGACUAUUCAUAAUAUAACUAGUAGUGCUCAACAUUAUUAUUUAAUUCAGGAUUUGAUCACAUGGAAAGAUUAUGACCUUCAAGUAGCUGCUUAUAAUAAUAAAGGUGUUGGAAUAUUUAGUGAAAGUAUUCGUAUUAAAACUAAAGAAGGAGUUCCUGAAGCCACUCCCUUAGAGGUAGUGGCUAGACCAUUGAAUAGUACUUCAGUUCAGGUAUGGUGGAAACCUCCCGAUCCUCAAAAAAUUAAUGGUAUUAAUCAAGGAUAUAGAUUACAAGCAUGGAUUGGUGAACGAGUUGAACAUGAAAUGACUGUUGCUCCCAGUCUAUUUGAUCCAUUGGCUCAACAAACCACAAUAUUUGUAAAUCUUCGAAAGUUUAUGGCCUAUAAUAUAACUGUAUUGUGUUUUACUGAUCCUGGUGAUGGCCCUCUCAGUAAUCCAUCAUUAGUUGUUACACAUGAAGAUGUUCCUGAUUUAGUUGGUAGUCUUCAUUUUGAAAAUGUUUCUGAUCGUUCAGUAACUGUAGUUUGGACUGUGCCAGUCCAUACAAAUGGUCAUUUGAUUGCAUAUACUGUCAAUUAUUCUAUUCGUGACCGUCCAGAGUCUGUGCAUUCAAUUAACACAACAUCAGAUAUUACAAGUAUUGUUGUAGACCAACUACAAGCAACUACUCAUUAUAAAUUUGAAGUUUUUGCCUGGACAAAAGUUGGACCCGGUCCAAGUAGAAUGGCUACAAUUCAAUCUGGCAUUGAACCUGUUCUACCUAACCCUCCCAGUAAAUUGGCCAUUACAAAUAUCGAACCAUUUUCAGUUGUACUUCAGUUUACUCCAGGAUUUGAUGGAAACUCUUCAAUUACUAAAUGGGUUGUUGAAGCUCAAACAGCAAGAAAUACUACAUGGUUCACUGUCCAUGAAGAGAGUAGUCCAGAUGCUUCUACUUUAAAAGUUUUACAGCUUGUUCCAUAUACUGUAUAUAGAUUAAGAAUAACUGCUUGGAAUGUUGUUGGCGCUUCUGAGCCAUCAGAGCCAACCAAAGAUUUUCAAACUAUUCAAGCACCACCUGCACACCCUCCCUACAAUGUUACUGUUCGUGCAAUGUCAUCGACUGAACUCAGAGUUCGCUGGAUUCCUUUGCAACAAAGUGAAUGGUUUGGUAAUGGAAAAGGAUACAAUAUAACUUAUAAGUUAUGGAACACAUCAAUUUUACAAACUGUAAUAAUUGAUGACAUUACUUCAAAUUCAUUUGUUCUGGACUCUUUACAAAAAUUUACUCAAUAUGAAAUCACCAUGAAUGCAUUUAAUGAUGUAGGAUCUUCAGUCCCUAGUCCUCCAGCUUAUGAAAGAACCCGAGAGUCAGUGCCUUCAAUGGGACCUGUCCAUGUUAUGGCUAAUGCUACAUCAUCUACAACUAUUGUUGUUAGUUGGGGAGAUGUACCAUCAGAUCACAGAAAUGGAAUAAUUGAAGGAUUCAAAGUAUAUUACAAACCUGGGACUCGAACUGCCUUUCCUAUGCAAAUCAAAGACAUUCCUAAAAAUUCUACAUUUACUACUACUUUGACUGAACUUAAGAAAUUUGUUCAAUAUAAUAUUCAAGUUCUUGCCUAUAGUCGAUUAGGUGAAGGUGCACUGUCUAUACCUCCAGCUAGGGUACAGACUUUUGAAGAUGUACCUGGUAUCCCUUCAAAUGUUUCUUUCCCAGAUGUUACUUCAACAACUGCAAGAGUUAUUUGGGAUGUUCCUACAGACCCCAAUGGAGAAAUAUUAGCUUAUCGUGUUACUUAUCAACUUCACAAUAAUGAUGGGUCUAAUUAUUCUCAAGAAUUUCCAGCUUCUGGCAGAACUUUUACAGCUACAAAUCUCAUACCAGAUCAGAACUAUAUGUUUACAAUAACAGCUCAAACACGUUUGGGUUGGGGUAAAAGUGAAUCUGCUCUAGUUUUUACAUCAAACAAUCGUGAAAUUCCUCAAGCUCCAUCAUCUCCUCAAAUAAGUCGUAGUCAAAUCCAGGCAACACAAAUUACAUUUAGUUGGACUCCUGGACGUGAUGGUGAUGCACCCUUAAGGUAUUAUACAGUUCAAAAAUCUGAAGAUACUGGACCUUGGACAAUAAUUCCUGAACGUUUGGAUCCUUCAUUUACAUCCUAUACAGUACAAGAUCUUUUGCCUUUUACUCUAUAUCGAUUCCGUAUUCAAGCUACUAAUGACAUUGGUCCUAGCAGUUUUAGUCAUGAAUCUCCUCAAGUUAGAACUUUAUCUGCUCCUCCCAGCCGUAUGGUUAGUAAAGUACAUGUCAUUCCUAUAACAACUACUAGUAUUCGUGUUAGCUGGGGCCCAGUGCCACCCCAAUAUUGGAAUGGUGAUACUCAAACAGGAGGAUAUAAAGUUUUAUAUCAACCUGUGUCUGAUGUUCCUGUAGCACUACAAACUAUUCCAAGUCAAAUAAUUUUGGGAACUAAAGAGAACUCACUUGUUGUUGGUGAUCUAGUUCGCGAUAGAAACUAUGAUAUUAUUGUAGUACCAUUUAACUCUCAAGGGAAUGGACCACCUUCUACGCCAGUUCCAGUUUAUGUUGGAGAAGCUGUACCUACUGGUGAACCUAGAAGUGUUACUGCAUUUUCUGUAUCAUCAACAGAAGUACGUUUAUCAUGGGAACAUCCUCAACAAAAUCAACAAAAUGGAGAUUUAUUAGGAUAUAAAAUAUUUUACAUAGUUACUGAUUCUCCAAAUGAGCAUAGGAUUGAGGAGGAAACUGAAGUUGUCCCAGCUACUUUCACUAGUCAUAGUUUGGUAUUUUUAGAUAAAUAUACUGAGUAUAAAAUUCAAAUAUUGGCCUUUAAUCCAGCUGGAGAUGGACCUAGAUCUACCCCAGUUAUAGUUAGAACUCAUCAAGGAGUACCAGGACCACCAACUGACCUUAUGUUUAGUGAAAUUACAAUGAACAGUCUUAAGGUUUCAUGGACUUCACCUAAACGAAAAAAUGGUCAACUUUUAGGUUAUAUAGUUACUUAUGAAACUGCCGAACAAAACGAACGUUUUAGCAAACAAGUAAAACAAAAAGUAAAUCAAACCUGGCUUCUUGUUCAACCUUUAGAAGAAGAAGUUACUUAUACUUUUACAGUUAGAGCACAAACAAUUGAUUUUGGAGUAGCAGUACGAGGCAAUGUAACAACUGGCCCUCAACCUGGUUCACCUACUAGUCCACGUGAUUUAUCACUUAUAAGAACUGUGUCAAGUGUUGAUUUAAAAUGGGUGAAUGGUGCAUCGGGGAAAGGACCAAUUCUUGGAUAUUAUGUACAAAGUCGACGAAAAGCUAUUCAAGACUGGGAACAUUAUGAUACACGUUGGGUGACUGUUACAAAAAGUAAUAGUGGACCACUUGAUGAAUUUUCUGUAUCCUAUCAAAGCUUGCUACCAUCUACAUCAUAUUUAUUUAGAAUUGUAGCAUACAAUGAACAUGGUAUCAGUUAUCCAGCUUAUUGUGAUGAUGUUGUUUUAACACCAUCAAAAUUGUACUUAGAAUAUGGUUACUUACAAAUGAAACCAUUUUAUAGGCAAACUUGGUUUAUGGUUGCCUUAGCAGCUGCAUCUUUGGUUGUAUUAAUUAUGGUCAUAGCUAUAUUAUGUGUGAAAAGUAAAAGUUAUAAAUAUAAACAAGAAGCACAAAAAACAUUAGAAGAAUCAAUGGUGAUGGAUAUAGAUGAUAGGCAACAAUUAGCUUUAGAACUUCAACGAACACGAAUGUCAAAUAAUAACACUUUAAGCCGAAUGUCUAUGCACAAUACUUUACAUCAUUCUCUGCAUAGGCAUAAACCACCUAUUGGAACUCUAGGCAAAUCUCCUCCUAGACCUUCACCAGCAAGUGUUCCUUAUCAUAGUGAUGAUGACAGUGUAAAAGGUUAUGAUGAAAAUCCUGAUGAUAGCUCAGUAACAGAAAAACCUUCUGAAAUUAGUUCUACUGAUUCUCAGGGAUCUGAAAGUGAAAAUGAGAGUGUAAGAUCAGAUCCGCAUUCAUUUGUUAACCACUACGCCAAUGUUAAUGAUUCACUUCGACAAUCAUGGAAACGGCAAAAACCUGUCAGAAAUUACUCUAGUUAUACAGAUUCAGAACCUGAAGGAAGUGCUGUUAUGAGUCUUAAUGGUGGACAAAUUAUAAUGAACAAUAUGGCUAGGUCCCGUGCACCUUUACCUGGAUUCUCAUCAUUUGUAUAAUUUUUUUUAUAUAAGUGCCAUCUUUACCAGUCCGUCCAUGAUUAUUUAAUUAACUAAUUUCAUUAUUUACUUAUUAAGUUAGAGAUGUAUGCCAAUUUUAUUUUUAACUUAAACAUGACUGCGAGUUAGCCAAAUUCAUAAGUUGUGUUUUUACUUUCUUACUAGAAUAAUAGACUGAUAAAAUUAUCAUUUUUACAUAGUUCUAUUAUUUGGUAUGAUCUCAAUCUAUAUUAUUUUUGAAAAAAAUUUGAUUACUUAAUUUCUUGACUACUUUGAGCACAUCUAAAAUUUAAAUAAGACUGAGUCUUGUAAAAUUUUAAUUAAAACUGUUUAAUCAUGUAUAGAAAAUAUUUUAAUAGUUGAUUUCUAUUAUAACUUUGUUAGCUUCAUUGAAAUGUUUCAUAUGGAUUGCAGGACAAACAAUUUAGUAUUUAAAAUGCCAUAAUUUUAAUUUAAAUAGGUUUUAAACUAAGAAAAAUAAUAGGUAGUUCAUAGUUAUAUUGAUCAUGAUUAGACUGAUACUUAACUAAAACCAUAAGUUUCAAUCUUCUUUUAUUUUUGUAAUGUUUCAACUUAUAUAAUGAACUGAUUUUUUUUAUCCUUCCUGUACAUUUUACUUAGAUUAUUUGAAUGUUUUAAGUAUCCAAAUCAUAUUUUCUUUUUAAAUUCCAACAUCUUAUCAUAAAUUUAUUUAAAAAUAAUUUAUUUGUUACUAUAAUAAACAUUCAAAACAUGAUAUUUUCAUAUGUGAUACAUUUGAACAUUUAACUGCCCUUAAUUAGAUUAAUUUACUUUAAGUUAUCAUCCUUAAAUAUAAUAUUCAACAAAUAUUUGGUUACUUACUUACUGCAGUAAAAUAAUCGAAGUAUUAUUAUAUUUAUAGAUUUUUUUUUGUGUACAAACACAUGUAAUGUCAACUAGAAUAGAUCAAUUGUGAAAUAUUUUUUAAAAUAAUGUGCUGAACGUUUAUUGAAUAUUAUUGGUUACUGUAAUUAAAUGAGUAUUAUUUUUCUAGUUAGUAAAACAAUUAACAUGAAAUUACAUUGACAAAUUAUUUUUUUUGUUACAAUGCUAUUUUUAUAAUUUAUAGUCACUUACAAGCUCUUGAAAUUUAACAUUAAAAUUAUUUUUUAAAAUGUUAAAUUUCGAUUGAACACUAAAUUAUUGAGCUGCAUAAUUAAUUAUAUUACACUCAUUAAUAUACUAUUAUUGAUGACUACCAUUUGAUAAUAUUGAUGAAUCAAACUUAUUAAGAGAUAUAAAAAUAUCUUAUACUUGUGUGUUUUCUAUCAAAAACAACUUUUGUUACUUAAUUAUAAUGUUUUUAAUUCCACUGAUUGUGUUGAUAUUUAUUUGUAUUUAUAUAAGCGACUUUUGUUUUGUAAAUAAAUAAGUGAAUAUUUGUAUAUUUAUGAAUUAUUAUGUGAAAUAAAAGAUUUCAAUACAACUUUA